AACUUUUUUCUUCUUUUCGCUCUCUUUCUCUUCAGUGCGAAUGAUGACUUCCCCUUCUCCCUGUUUCCCAUCACCCCCUCCCAUUCCCCACCUCUCUUCUUCUUCAUCAUCACCUACAUCUACAACUAUAACAUCAAUGGAAAACUCACUCUAUUACUGUUAAUACAGCUAUUACUAUUUUUGUAUAAUCACUCACUACUCCAGGAUUUUUCUUUCUUGACUAACUUUCCCCGUACUAACCCAAGCCCACCUCUUGCUCUUUCCCUUCUAUGUUCCAUCCCUAUUCCACAACCGACCUCGCUCCUCUCUUGGCCCAUCCCACCUCAAUUCUAGUUUUUUUUAAUCCCUUUAUUUUCCUUUUUUCCCCGCUCGAAUACCCAUCACUCUGUUCCCAUGUUUUAUUUCGCUGUCUAAAUUAACAUACCUUGUGUUUUGAUCCUCUUAAAUUCCAUGGAUUCUCAGUAUAUUUCUUCUAAUUCUAGUGUUUUUCUUUUAAUAUGUGGCCUAAUCUUAAUGUCUAUUGUGUCGACUUUAGUAUCACUUAAUCCUUUCCAAUUUGAUCACUGCCUUCUUUUUAUACUGGAAUCUUCCUUCUUUUCUACUUCAAUUCCAAUUUCAUAUUUGAACUAGGUUCUCUUUUCUUUUCUUUCUCUCUCUCUCUCUCUCUCUUUUUUUUUUUUCUCAUUUUCUCUAGGAAUUUCCGUUUUCGUUUUCAUUUCAAUUCAUGGCUCAUCAACCGAUCCCAGGUCCUAGCUCGGGAUCGAGUUCAAGUUCAGGGUUUCAAUAUUUGAAUUCCUCUUUUGGUAAUACCACGUACACCAAGGUUUUCGUUGGGGGGCUUGCUUGGGAGACUCAGAGCGAGACCAUGGGCCGUUAUUUCGAGCAGUUUGGAGAAAUUCUCGAGGCCGUUGUCAUCACCGAUAAGAAUACCGGCCGAUCAAAAGGUUACGGUUUUGUGACUUUCCGGGAACCAGAGGCUGCUAAGAGAGCCUGUGCUGAUCCUACCCCAAUUAUUGAUGGUAGACGGGCAAAUUGUAAUUUGGCUUCACUUGGGCGACCUCGACCUCCACUGCCUUAUGGACGUUUGAGACCAGCUACCCCAUACAUUGCAAGUGUCCCCCGGGGCACAUAUGUUGGAAAUUUUGGUUACCCGCAACCACUUUCUUACAGCUACCAACAAGGAUUGAUGUAUCAUCCAUAUGGAUAUGCAGCAUAUGGACCUGAGUGUGUCUACCCGCAGAGUGUCUACAACCCUUAUGCGGGUCAGCAGUACCUUCAGAUAUAUGGUGUACCUGGAACAGUCAACACAGCAAUUUAUCCUUAUGGACAGUUGGGUCAAACCCUUCCCGGAGGUCAUGGUUAUACAACAAUGCAGGGGUAUGCUAUACCAGGUCAUCAUGUUAUGCAGUUUGGUGGACCUAGUGUUAAUGCAAUAACAUCUUCACCUGUACCCACUAUUCAAGCACCAUAUCCUGCAGGUGCACCUGUUCCAGCACAACCACAGUUUAUAGUUCCUGCUCCUUCUUCUCAGUAUAUGCAGCGUAGCGGUUCUGACCAAACAGCUGGGUGAGGGGUUGAUCAAGGUAUCCUUAAGAUUGCAGCAGGACUACGAGCAGCGGAACUGCUACUUGAGUGGCGGGCUUCGAAUCUAGCCUUGCAAACUAUUUAUUGUGCAUUCUAGAGGUCAUACAUAGUCGUUGUCACCAGAGAAGUCAGAUGUCCGUGUCGCUCUAUGAUGGAGAAGGAAUGUUGAAGAUGUUAACAUUUCUUCCUUUACCCUAGUGUAUUAAAAACUUCAUAUACUACCAGAGCUAAGGAUGAGCACCUGGUGGUAGUGCAUUUGAUGGAUGCUGGAAUGGGUUUCUGGCAGCCAUAUUAUAGGAAUAGAACAGUGUUUAGAAAAAAAAAAGGUUAGAAUCAAAAUAUGAUUCUUUUAUAGCGUUAGCCCCGGCAUUUGGGUGUAGAGGUUAGUCUCUGGUGCCUUUUGUUGGAGUCCUGCAUUGUACUUAAAUCAUGUUUUUGGGUUUUGUGCAUAUUAGUAGUAGGGCUUUCUCAUUGAACGCUCAACUCCUUUGUUUAUUUGGACAGAUUAUGAAAAGCCCAACUCAAAGAAUGAGGUAAGCUUCAGUUAUAUUUAAUUUGAAAAGAAAAGAAAAAAUUUCCUGUGUA